CAUAAACCCUAUACUUAGAGACAACUCACCAUCGUCACCAUCGUUUCGAGCGGCUGAAGCAGAAAACCCCAAUGGCGGAAAUCAUUGCGACUUCUCUUCCCUCUCCGUCGUCAUCAGCUUUCGCCUUCCGUAGCCCCCUCAAUGGUUCCUCUGGAACUCAAAAUGUAGCUUGGCAGAGAACCGGGUUGCCGUUUCAAGAGAUAUAUGCGCAAAGAAGCAAACUCUCUGGCAAUGGUGUCCUUAGCAAUAACUUCAUUGCUACUCGAAGUUCCAAGAAGCAAGUUGUCCGAGCUGGUCUCUCUAACGAUGAGCAGACUGUGAAGACUGUUGAUUCAAAUGGUGCUGGGCUUCGUGGCAAGCUAAAAAAAGUUGUUCUAGCUUACAGUGGAGGCUUAGACACCUCCGUGAUUGUGCCAUGGCUAAAGGAGAAUUAUGGCUGUGAAGUUGUGUGCUUCACUGCAGAUGUUGGACAGGGAUCAAUAGAGUUAGAGGGUUUAGAACAAAAGGCCAAGGCCAGUGGUGCUUCUCAGUUGGUUGUUAAGGAUCUAAAGGAGGAGUUUGUGAAAGAUUACAUAUUCCCUUGCCUUAGAGCCGGCGCUAUCUAUGAACGGAAAUACUUGCUUGGUACCUCAAUGGCCCGACCCGUUAUUGCAAAGGCUAUGGUCAAUGUAGCAGAGGAAGUUGGAGCUGAUGCCGUGGCACACGGGUGUACUGGCAAAGGAAAUGAUCAGGUUCGGUUUGAGCUUACCUUUUUCUCGCUAAAUCCGGAGCUUAAAGUUGUGGCACCAUGGAGAGAAUGGGAAAUUCAGGGAAGAGAAGACGCUAUUGAGUAUGCCAAGAAGCAUAAUGUUCCUGUACCUGUGACUAAGAAAUCUAUUUACAGCCGAGACAGGAACUUAUGGCACCUCAGUCACGAGGGUGAUAUAUUGGAAGAUCCAGCAAACGAGCCUAAGAAAGAUAUGUACAUGAUGAGUGUCGACCCAGAAGAUGCUCCAGAUCAGCCCGAGUACCUCGAGAUAGGGAUCGAAUCUGGAGUUCCCGUCUCGCUCAACGGGAAGACCCUCUCUCCAGCCACCCUUCUCUCCGAGCUAAACACCAUAGGAGGAAAGCACGGUAUUGGCCGCAUAGACUUAGUAGAAAACCGGCUCGUUGGCAUGAAAUCCCGAGGCGUUUAUGAAACCCCCGGGGGAACUAUCCUCUUCACAGCGGCCCAAGAGCUCGAGUCCCUCACCCUGGACCGGGAGACCAUCCAGGUGAAAGACACGUUAGCCCUCAAAUACGCCGAGAUGGUUUACGCUGGAAGAUGGUUCGAUCCGCUCAGGGAAUCCAUGGACUCAUUCAUGGAGAAGAUCACAGAGAAAACGACUGGCUCGGUCACGCUGAAGCUGUACAAAGGGUCAGUAUCGGUCACGGGCCGUAGGAGUCCGUACAGUCUGUACAGGCAGGACAUUUCUUCGUUCGAAGGAAGCGAAAUCUACAACCAAGCCGAUGCAGCAGGGUUCAUUCGGCUCUAUGGGCUGCCCAUGAGAGUUAGGGCAAUGCUCGAAAAGGGCAUAUGAACAUGUCGUCUUCUGUCUUGACACAACUGAGAUCUUGUUUCUUUUGUCUGUAAGUUCGUUAAAUUCGAGGAUUAGAGUUUCACUUUCAGAGAACUUUUGAGUUAUGACGGAUUUGAUAUUUAUAUUAUCUAUGCUGGUCUCUGUAUAUUGUUCGUA